AUGGCAUCCGCAAAAGAUAGUCUCCUCCUUCUGAUCCCUUCUACAGUCAUCGAGACCCUCCUGGUAAUCGCCUCCCAGCUAAGCCCAGAGCGACCAGCGACCAUAUUUCUCUACGCAUUCUGCAUCAACUUCAUCAUACUAGCAAUAUGGAACAUCUUUAUUUGGCCAUUCUUCUUCAAUCCCCUGAGACACCUUCCAACAGUUCAUGGCCCUUUAAUCGGCGCCAAAGUCUUCAUGCGUCAUCCCCGAGGCCAAAUAACCAUAGAUUGGCUCCGCACAAUCCCAAACGAAGGCCUGAUCCACUUCCGCGAAGCCCUGAACUAUAGCUUCCUCCUCGCAACAAACCACCGGGCCUUGAUGGACGUACUCAAUACGAACAGCUAUGACUUCAUCAAACCGCCUGGCGGACAAGCAUUCCUUGCACGCGGUCUUGGGUACGGACUGAUUCUCUCCGAAGGUGAUGCGCACCGCGCCCAGCGCAAGGCUGUUACGCCUGCGUUCACAAUGAGAAAUAUUCGUGCAAUGUAUCCGCUUAUGUGGAGCAAAACGCAGCUGUUUUUGAAGCAGUUGGAGCAGGAGAUCAGGAUUAAGCCGGAGGCUGGAUGUAGGUCAGAUGGGCCAGUUGGGCCAGUUGGGGUGGUUGAGAUUGGGGGUUGGGCAAAUCGGUUGACGCUGGAUAUUAUCGGUCCUGCGGCCAUAGGCCGUGAUUUCCAGUCUCUGGAGAAUGAGAAUGAUCCCGUCUCGCAGAAUUAUACGGCUAUUCUGAAGCCUUCUGCUGAUUUGCUUGUCCUUUUCGGCGCAUCGCUGCUGUUCCCUCAGUGGAUGGUGAAACUUAUUCCGUGCAAGGCGAAUAUUACUCUCCCGAGACGAGUCAAGUAUUUGCGACGGGUCUUUCAUGAUCUCCUUGUUGAGAAACGAGCACAGAUUGCACGUGAAAAGAGCGAGCAGGAGCCGGCCGAAGGUGAUAUCUUAGGAACGAUGAUGCGAGGUGGAGAGUUCAGUGAUAGUGAGCUGGUUGAUCAGAUGCUUACGAUUCUUGCUGCUGGCCACGAAACCACAGCUGGCGCCCUCACAUGGUGCUGCUACCACCUCAGCAAAGAGCCACAUAUCCAAGAGAGACUCCGUCAAGAAAUUCGCGCUACGAUCCCCUCCCCUGAUGCCUCAGUAUCUUGGCAAGACCUCGAAGGAAUGCCCUACUUAAAUGGUGUAAUUCAAGAAGUUCUCCGUCUUUACCCAACGGUCCCCAUGACAGGCCGCGAAGCCAUCCGCGACACGACCGUCGCAGGCAAAAGAAUCCCCAAAGGCACAACCAUCGCACUAUGUCCGCAAUCCGUCAACCGCAGUUAUGAAUUCUGGGGGGAGACGGCGGACGACUUCCUUCCUGAACGGUGGAUUGACACCGAUAAAGAAGGCAAGCAAGUGCCGAAUAAGCAUGGCGGGGCGUCUACGAAUUUCGCACAGAUCACGUUUCUUCAUGGACCGAGAGCGUGUAUUGGAAAGGAUUUUGCAAAGGCUGAGUUCCGGUGUGCGGUCGCAGGUCUUUUUGGACAGUUUCAGCUCGAGUUGGAGGAUCCGAAGCAGAAGAUCACGUUCGGGGGGACGUUGACGAGUCAGCCUAUUGAGGGGAUGCAUUUGAAGUUGACCAAGUUGGGCGAUUGGGUGGAGUAG